AGCCAUUCGCAAACCGAGCCCAGCCCAUUAGCAUCUCAUCCCCAACUGUCAAGCAAACAGUUUCCAGGGUAUAUAUGUAAAUUCGAAACCAAAAACCUUCGCCGGCGGACGGGGCAGAGACCCUCUGCCGCAAUAUCCCCCUCUUUCUCUCUCCAUAGCUCACAUUUCUUCAUCGGAAAACCAUGAAUUGAAUUCAAGAAAUCUUCAAUUCUUGUUCUUGUUAAACCCAUCAUGAAUUAUUAUUAGCUCACAAAGAAACACAAUCUUAGCUGGCCAUGGAAGAGGGAACUCAAAUUCUCGAGAUCAAUUUGAUCUCUGCUCAAUCCCUCAAAACCCCUGUCACUAACUUGCGCCGUAUGCAGACUUACGCUCUUCUCUGGAUUGAUCCAUCCACCAAGCUCCGUUCCAAGAUCGAUAAUGUCGGUGGUGAAAACCCUACCUGGAACGACAAAUUCCUCUUCCGCGUUUCCCCAGAGUUUAUUUCCGGUGAAACUUCCGGCGUGUCAGUUGAAAUCUACGGCGUCGGUUACAUCAAGGAUUUUCUCAUCGGUACUGUUCGUUUACUGAUUAGUAAUUUUCUUAACGGAACUAGUAGUACUGCGACUCCGGCUUUCACAGCGGUACAAAUAAGACGACCUUCUGGAAGAUUCCAUGGAGUUUUGAACAUUGCUGCUUCGUUUAGUGCUGAUUCUUCGUUGUUGAAUGGGUUAUCUGCUGUCUGUUUCCGUGAUUUGAUGCAAGAGAAAGAGAAUGGUGGUCGAUGGCGGCGACGCCGUCUUAGCCGUAUAGGCUCGAAACGGAGUGAGGUAUCAUCAAGCGGCGAGUAUUGCGAUUUCUCCGACGGCACUGAUUCGACGACUUCGUCUUCGUCGUCGUCAGCGGCGAUGUCAACGGCGUUGAAAGAUUGGAACUGUGUACGAAAAGUUGCAGCGAUGGCGGGAAAGAAAGAUGUGAAAUCUGACGCUGGAGGUUUGUUGUGUGGGUUGAUGAUGCAGAAGAAGAUUCAACUGCGUUCGUUGGAUCAGAAUUCGGGAUUCUGGGAAGAAUCAUUUGAGAAGGAAAAAUAAUGAACGGUCAUGAUUUCCUAUUACGCAAAUCAACGGUGAUGAUCAACUGCAUUAGUAAAACUUUUUGCUAUAACAUCAUAAGCAAAUUUAACAACACAUUGACCACUAAUCACUAUAGUCCAGUUCAUUUUCAAAAGAUUUCCAAAACAAAAUUCCAUCCUUUGGAUCUCCUUAAUUGCAGAUUUCACCCAUUCAUUUGUGUUUUUUCCAUCGAAAUUUUGUGGUUACUUUGGAUUAGCAGUUAAAAACAGUUUGUGGUGUAAUAUAGAUUUGUAGCUUUCUUUGUUCUUGAUUCUGCCUCGAAUCAAACUGCUAUUUUCUGUUCCCUUAGUAUAUGGACUCAGAAGCUCAAAAUGUAAUUGAUCAUAUAGUAUAAUGCAGUUGAGUAUCA